AUGCUCAAAACAUGGUUGGUUGCGUGCUCUUUAUUUCCACUUUUCAACGGAUGGGUCCACUUGGAGAACGUGACCAUACACCAUGGAAACGUUUCCUACUUUGAUGAGAGUAAAAUCGCGGCCGCCGAUCCUUUGGUGAUGCUCUUUUUGACCCAUACCGUUUAUUUUCGGGUUGAUUUUAACGACAAAAAAGUAAGUUGGACUUGAGCAGAUGACAAAUUGGAUUCCAGGUCCGCGCCCAACUGGAAGAUAUCUUCAGAGAGUUCGCGCGACGUCAUCGCAAGUCCAAUGUCCGAAAACCCUUCGUUCAAGCGAUUGGCAACACCCAAAAUGGAGGCUAUUUGGUCUUUGACCCAACAGAAAGGGCGCCAAAGACAUACAAAUCAUGGGAGAACAUCACUUAUUCGGAUUACGUACCCACUACGAUCAAACAUUACUGUGUAAGUCAUCUGGAACUGGUCCAAACAUCCCGAAUCACCAUGGAUUGUGUCUACAGUGAAGAGCAGAUUCAUAUAUACUAUCCGAAUAACAAAACUGGCAAAAGUACUAUUAGCCAGGAAUUGUUGACUCAAGAGGAUUACAAUUUUUACACAGACAACCAUCUACACACGACGUGUUACCAGACAAUGAAGACAAAACCGGGGAAGGUGCAUAUGAGAACGAUCUGCAAAUGCCAUGGGUAUUACGAAUGUCUGGAAGUUCAUCGGACAAGGAAGUGCUUUGUGGGGGAAAUUCGGACAAAGAGUUUUGAUCUGGACAAAGGAGAGGGGGUUAUGGAUAUCAACGAGACUAUCUAUGGACAUCCGGAUAUCAGGAUGCCGAGGAGUGCGGCAAAUGUGAGUUCGAGAGGGAUUCGCUAGACAUGCCUUCUUGGCCAAACACAUACAGUGGCGGACCUGAUCCAUUCGCCAAAAAAGUACCAUUUCGCAUCCUGGAAGUAUCAAAAAUGCAGCAAAAUAUACCUCUCUCUCUCCAAGUGAAAAGCUCCGAUUUCAAAAGCGCGCCCGCUCUUUUUGUGAGAGAAGGGCGCGCAGUUCAAAACGGAGUUUUUUCACCUAGAGAGGGAGGCAUUUUGCCACAUCUUUGAUACUUCCCGGAUGCAAAAUGAUACGUUUUUUGGCACUGGAUCAGGUCCCUCACUGUAAUAGUAAUUUCAGGGCUGCGGUCUCUACUUUAUCCUCAGUGUCGACGAUCGAAACGCUUUUUUGAGGGGCCUUUUUUAUGCAAACCACGAACGCCGAAGAGACAUAAUGAAUAUGUCGCUUCACGAUCCAGUCUUUGCGAAUGCAUUUCGGAAACAAGUAAGCUAUUUCUACUAGCAAGCACUGUGAUUACAGGACUACUUAUUAGUUCAAUUUUUCAGUAUCGCAUCGAAUUCCCACCUCAUCACAUUGAGAAGACACUGUUUGCUCUAAACUACUUUUUGGAUAACUAUGCAAGUUUUUACAGUAUUCUUCAGCAGAGUACAGUAAUCUUCAAUCUACCUUUAACCUCUUACAGACAAUUACAAAAGAAGUGAGAAUCCAGAAGGACCGGUACUAUCAAAAUUACUGUUUAUUCCACCUAAUGAAUGAAGGAGACGAGCAAAAGUGUGUGGUAGCAAUUGAAGUGGGACCCGAAAGGUUUUGGGACAAUUUCGCGAUCCCAAAUGUCAGCAUAACCGAACUGCUAAGUGAGUAUCGACCAGGAUUUUUGGAAUUACUCUUUUAGAUUCUACGGAUUACAAAUUGAAGACAUCUGGACAAAUAGGGCAGUAUUUCAUCCAAUGGAAGACGUACAAGAACACGGGGAAGAGCUUCUUUGUCUUUGAAUGCAAGGGCCGUAGGUGCCAUGAUAUUUUGAUCAAGAAUCAUGCAAAAUCUUCUGUAAGAAAUCAAAAUAUAUUAUUUCACAUAUGUUCUAUACAUUUUCUAUGAAUACCGUAAUCCAAUUUCAGCACUAUAUCACGAACCGCACUUGUUCUUCUGGAUCAAGGUCGUAUACACUGGCAGAACUCCAAAGCCCGAUUACAGACUUCCCUCGGGUGAUUUCGCGGUUCAACUUGUGCUUCCGAGCCGCUUACAAAACCCACGAGGCGGUAUCAAGAACAUAUUUUCCAUUGGACACUGACGGAAACUACUUUCUGGUUCAUAAAGCGAAGAGGUUUAAACACCCGAUCUACAGAAAAGGCAUAUUUCAUUCUAUCAUCAACAUGCUGUAUCAAUUACACACGACGAUAAAGAUUACCGGACGACAUAGGGAUAACACCAGAUACGAUACUGUAAUUGAAACCUUUAACGGUGAGUCAGCGGAUUGCACUCUGCGGAAGAAGUUGCCUGCCGACCGCACGGUGCAACCGGAUUUUUGAUUGCACUGUGCAUGAUUUCAAGCGAAAAAUUCCGAAGCACGGAACACGUCAAUCCAGCGGAUUUCCUGAACCGUUUCGAAAUUUCGUAUCGUUUUCAUUGAUUUAAAAGAAAGACGAAAUGUCGCGAAAUUAUCGGCACUUUUUUCUCGCCCGAAAUAAUUACUUUUUCUCGAAAAGAAAGAAGAAAGAUAAAAAAAAUGCUUUUUAUCGGAUAGUGACAUUUCGUUUUGAACGAAUCACCAAAGGGGGCGGGAAACUUUUUGUUCUACAGGGUGGUUCAGCUAAGUUCGCGGAUGUAAAAUGCUUAUAACUUUUUACAGGAUUGUUCAAUUUUUAUGAGCAAUACCUCAUUUUAUUCCUUAGUAGUUACCAUUUUGUUAAAAAAAAAGAUCAUUAAAAAUGAUCAGUCCUACGUCGAGUUAUGACCCUUCAAAGUCAAACAUGCUUUUUCACGUAAAUUUUAAAAAAAUUUACGGAUUUUUUUUGAAUCCAUCGUAUUCUACGCAAAAUUCUAUGACUUCUGAAGCCCACUUACAAUUUAAAAUUAUCGACCGGUCGAAAGUUAUAAGCGAUUUUCGAGAUUUUUCGGAAAUUUUCAGAUUGAAGCGCACUGCGGGUCGGGUCAAGUUUUUUUCAUGGGGUGGUCAAGUCUUUCCCCUAAUAUUAUUUUUUCCCCGAAAUUCAGACUGUUAUAUGGGAGGUUAAUCAAGGUAAAUCUGGUCAGUUCUUGUUGAUUAUUUCAAGAACAAGUCUUAUUCUAUUUUAGAAAUCAAAUUUGAUUGAAUUGCGGUGUGGGUUUGCCUCAAUUUUUAGCAUUCUUUGGGGGUAUGUACUCUAUACCUAAAUGAUCAAUUGUGAGACAGUUUCAAGUCUGAUUUACGAUAUCGUUUCCAUUUCACCUUCGGACGUACGCCACCUGUCCAAUAAAGGUAAGUAACUGUGAAUCUGGUAGUCCGUUUUUUAGUCAUUAAAGAUUUUGUAUAUUAUACUAGGUAUUUUUGAAGAUUUUUGUUGAGAUUUGCCAAGUUUUCGGCCUGGAUUAGAUUAUUUAGCGUAAUAUUGGUCUCUAGUGCCUAUAAAAACGUAAGUGGACAGGUUUCUCCUUCUCUUUUAGACUUUUUCUUUGUGUCCAAAGUUGAUGCAGAUUUUAGGUAGAGAUGAAAUUCAACGCCCAAACUAUGCGGAAUUUUCAUAAAAAUCAAGGAAAAUACUUUCGAAGAUCAUUAAGCGAAGCAAAAAUGUGUUUGAGACCAAUCUAGCGUUUUUUCAGGCGGAUGUUAUACAUGAUCCCUGUAACGUAUAACAUCUGGAUCACAUCUGUGAAGACCUCUGGUGAUGGGAAACGUGGUUAGGACAGUAAAAUUAAUAUGUUGGACGUGAUUUUGAGGAAAACCAGGCAAAUCCCGUACAAAAUUUUCUGAAUAACCUAGAAUAAUAUACAAAAUCUUUAAUGACUAAAAAACGGACUACCAGAUUCACAGUUACUUACCUUUAUUGGACAGGUGGCGUACGUCCGAAGGUGAAAUGGAAACGAUAUCGUAAAUCAGACUUGAAACUGUCUCACAAUUGAUCAUUUAGGUAUAGAAUACAUACCCCCAAAGAAUGCUAAAAAUUGAGGCAAACCCACACCGUAAUUCAAUCAAAUUUGAUUUCUAAAAAUAGAAUAAGACUUGUUCUUGAAAUAAUCAACAAGAACUGACCAGAUUUACCUUGAUUAACCUCCCAUAUAACAGUCUGAAUUUCGGGGAAAAAAUAAUAUUAGGGGAAAGACUUGACCACCACAUGAAAAAAACUUGACCCGACCCGCAGUGAAGCGUGAAAAGGCAAGUUUGACUUUGAAGGGUCAUAACUCGACGUAGGAUUGAUCAUUUGUAAUGAUCUUUUUUUUAAACAAAAUGGUAACCACUAAGGAAUAAAAUGAGCUAUUGCUCAUAAAAAUUGAACAAUCCUAUAAAAAGUUAUAAGCAUUUUACAUCCGCGAACUUAGCUGAACCACCCUGUAUUUAUUUUGGAUUGGCGUGCGGAUACGGUGAAAUUUUGACAUUCGUUUGAAAAUAAAUGAUAUAUUUCCAGCCACCGCCUAUGAUCCGAACAAAACUAAUGAGGAGAACGGUCAGAUAGACAAGAAUCUACCACAGAAACCACUGGCCCUCACGGUCGUCAGCAACCACGUCUUACAAUCGGAUAGAGAGGUGAGAAGAGAAAACAUGGCCUUAAAUUUGAUUCCAGCCGCUCCUAUUUUGUAUGGGAUUAAACACAACAGACCUCAAGUACAACGCAUAUGACCCUGCUAUCGAUUACACCCAGGAUCCCACUGGACUAUGUGUUUCUACACAAAAAUUGGGGACUCGCAGAUUGCAUGGUGAAUAUAACAAAAGAAAUGGCCAUGUGAAGUAAUUAUAUUUUAGACUACUUCGCUAAAGGCCCACCAGAUCGGUUUGAAGACGAAACAAUUUCCGAAGAGUACAAGGGAUCCUGGAUUUACGAGUUCCAAAAGGGACGAAUCAAGAGCAACGUCCUCUACGGAAUCUACGACGGGAUCUGCGACUACACGUCCUGGACUCUGAUGGAAAGAGAGGUCGGAUGCAAGUGCUUUUACGUCUACGCAGCGCAAGAUGUGGCGUGUUGUUGCACAUGGAUGGCCAAAAAGGGAUACGAGAGCGAUUUGGACAGAUUUAUCAGAUCUCACGAGGACUCUAUAUUCACAUACGACGUAUGGGCACAGGAGGACAUUGAGAGAAUCAGAGCCUACGAUCCAACUAAUGAAAUAUUCAGGGAAGCAGGGUUCUAA